AUGGCUUUAUGGCAACAAUGUUUUCCCUGUAACUGCAUCCCCGCACUCGUUGUCAUUGACACUGAGCAUCUUUCGAGAUUUAGAGUGAAUGAUGGGGAGGACAACUACACAACUCUUCCAAGAAUAGACCCUUCUGUGAGCCAAAGGAUCCCGACACAACAUGGCAAAUCAUAUGAUACAUCAACUCCAGUGUCUAGAAAUGCAACCAUAUAUUGCAGCACUGAAAUUUUGUCACUUGACUGGGAAUGUAAAUCAGACCGCUUGCUUCUUAUAGGUACAUCCGAUGGGUGCAUUAAGGCAUGGAAUGUGGAUGCAAAGAGAGUUGUCUGUGACCUCAACACAACCGAAGCAUUUCCAAGUGUAUUGGACAUAAAGUGCAGUCCUGUGGAACCUAUUUUUGUGUCUGCAGCAGCAUCUGGAGGGGCUGGUUCUAACUAUAUUGACAACCUGGGUUUUGCUUCACUUACUGUGUGGAACAUGAAGACAUGGAAAGCCAUGACAGUCCUUCCUCUUGGAGAAGAUCCACCAGCAAUUACUUCUCUAUGCUUUAAUCACAAUGGAAAGAUUUUGGCAGCUUCUGCCGUUGAUGGAAUGAUUCACAUGUUUGACAUGUCUGCUGGUCUACAAAUCACUGGCUGGCCUGCACAUGAUUCUUCCAUCAGUUCAAUUCUGUUUGGACCAGAUGAGACUAGCAUUUUUAGCCUGGGCUCUGAUGGGAAGAUUUUUGAGUGGAGUUUGCAAAAUCAAGGUCAAAUCCUGUGGUCGAGAGACUCUAGUAGGUUCUGUUACCCCCUCAAUGAUUCAAAAUAUUGCAGACAUGAGAUGGCAUUAGAUGCAAAUGGGAGGAGACUCUUGGUAACAUCCAGUUCAUUUAGAGCACCCAUAUACCAGGUUAAUGAUUCGUGGUGAAUUGUGAUUAGACCAUU